GACGGGGGCGUGGACACGCUGAGGCUGCAGGGCCAACUCGAGGGAUUGACCUUAGCGAAACGCCGAGACUGCGCGUCCCGGGAUGACGCCGGUUGCUGUGCUACACUGGGGGCACGGUCAGAGGUCUUGAGGGGCUGGUGGCGGUCUGGGCGCCAACCUGCUGGGACCCAAAUUUCUUGUGGGAACGGUAAUAAGGGGUAUGUUUACAGAUCAUAAACGUGAGAGCGGACAGGAAGGGAAACCCAGGUGGGACAAGGACUUUUGGAAGGAGGUCAGAGGGCACGAAGUUAUGCCUGCAGCUGUUGCCAUAGUAACCGCGGGCCGGAUGUGGCGAUCUUCUGGUGCGACAGUCACCUCUUCUCAGGCCUUCUGGCCCGAGAGCCUGCUGACUCCGGCACACUGUGAGGAGCUGGUUAUGGUGUUGUCCAGCGAGGUGGAAGAGAGGGAUUUUUUCUAAGCACUUGCAGGAGCGAAGCGAAGGUUUGACAUAGCCGCCGUGCCGGCAGAGGUGGAGCGACGCAGUUUACUUGAGCAUGCGGCCGCCGCCGGGACUGCCCGCAGCCCUCCGGAAGUGGAAUGGCGGGAGCCUCGCCUCGCGGCCCGCCGCCCCCCCGGAAGCGGAAACAGAAUCCCAGCGUGCCCCUUCCUCACUGCCCUCCAGAUCCCGCUGCAGCCAUUGCCGCAGCCACGAUGCCGAAACGAAAGAGGCAGAAUCAGCACCAGCCACCGCCGCCGCAGCAGCCCCCACUGCCCGAGCGGGACGAGACAGGAGAUGAGGAGGAUGGGAGUCCCGUCGGACCACCCAGCCUUCUGGGCCCUCCCCCAAUGGCCAAUGGAAAGCCUGGUGAUCCCAAGUCAGCUCUUCACAGAGGUCCUCCAGGAUCAAGGGGACUGAUGAUUCCACCACUGCUCAGUCUCCCACCUCCUCCCCGGGGUAGAGGCCCAAUUCGGGGAGGCCUCGGCCCCAGGUCUGGCCCAUAUGGUCGUGGUUGGUGGGGGGUCAAUGCUGAACCUCCUUUUCCGGGGCCAGGCCAUGGGGGUCCCUCCAGGGGAAGCUUUCACAAAGAGCAGAGAAACCCUCGAAGGCUCAAAAGCUGGUCUGUUAUCAAGAACACGUGCCCAGCCAAGGAUGACCCCCAGGUUAUGGAAGACAAAUCCGACCGCCCUGUCUGCCGACACUUUGCCAAAAAGGGCCACUGUCGAUACGAGGACCUCUGUGCCUUCUACCACCCCGGCGUCAACGGACCUCCCCUGUGAGACUGUGCCUUCCAUCCAGGCGGAAGGAGCCCUCUGUGACCUGGCGGCCAUGUGUUUCCCUGUGCCCCUUGGAGGCUACUGUGAGGCUCUUGCACCCAGCACCCGAAGUCAGUGACACACCCUCCUCGCCCAUCACCGCCCCCGUUUGGGGUCCAGAGUCGUAUCUCAGCGCUGGUGCGCAACGUGUGCUUGUUUCUGAUCCGGUCUCCAGAGACUUCCCUUCGGGACCGCUUCAGUUGCCUCCUGGCUCCUUCCCCCGUCAAAUGACUGCUGAGCAGGAAACCUCCUUGGUGCUGUUUCUAGUGCAUCUGCCCACCAGUCCCCACUGUUCCCUCGGUUCCUGAGAGCCUGGAGCGGAUUCCUGCCAUUCCCUUCUAGCUGCUUGUUUUAAGUCCUUUUUAUGUGACACCCCUUACCCUCCGUGUUGUCAGCUGCUCGUGAAACUCACCAGGUUGUCUGGCCUGGGGUCAAGUUGGGGUGACUGGUACAGAGUUACUCCCUAAAAGGCCACUCUCCGUCAGUAGCAUGAUCCCCACCACCGUGGUCUGUGAUCACUGUGCUUCGUGAAACUGUGCAUAGCCCUUUGUAGCCUUUCUCAGCGUCCGUGGCGUUUCUGUGGCUUCCCAACACUAGAAUAAGUUUUCCUGCCAAAAUGAGUGAGGCUCCUGGUGCCCUCUAGACUCUCCCCACGUCCCUACAUGGGAGAAUUGUGAAGUUUUCCACCAGACUGCCUCCCCGGCCCUCCCAUUCUCCUGGUGUCGGUUAUUCUGGGUCUGACUCGGGCCUGUGAGGCGUCUGGUAGAGCCUCUGGUGGCUUCACCCUACCUAGCUCCUCUCCAGUCCAUUUUAGUUAGACUGUGUUAUCGUGAGGCCACCGGCCCUUUCAUUUGAAUUCUGUGAAUCCACCUGGCCUGUCUUCGGGUGGAGCCUGGACAGUACUGUCGCCCUCUCCCAACCCUCGUCCCUACAUCCCUGGCGCUGGUUGUUUUCUGUGAAAACGGCAGUGAGCAGGUUCGGUUUGAGCUGGCCCUGAGGAAAUGGGUCAGGAGCUGUGCGGGUAAGAGGGAGGGGUGAGAGCUCUUGGAGAACUGAGAAUGAGUUUUGGUUUUUUUUUCUUUUUAACAUUUUUUUAUAUUAGUAAUAAACGGAGUGGAAUCCAGCAUUUUCUUUAA